AUGUUUUGGGGCAUUAUUUUGCUUACCUUGUCGCUAAAUUUAUUUGCCAAAUGCCAGACGAACAUCAGUCAAACAGAGCGUCAGUUAACUUUGGCAGCUUCAUUUCAUGAAAAUAAAGUAGACGCUGAUGAGCCAACAAUCGUUACGCUAGGACCACCACGAAAUGGAAUUCAAAGAGCUUUAAUUGAUGAAGUCCCUUACAGUAAUGCAGAACUUCAACCAAUCUUUUCACUUUCAGUUGACGAAAAUCAUCGUGAAAUUGCUGCAUAUGAUGACAAUUUCGUUGAUCCAAUACGAGAAGAUCCUUUAAUCAUUCCGCGAUUAUAUCGUAAUGAAACAACUACAAAAACGAUAAGUCGAAUAACGACAUCUCGAUCAUUCGUAUCAACUUCAAGCCCAAGUCUACUCCAACUCCAAGCAAGAACACUACAAAUUCCAGAAUCAUCUCGUCAUAUAGUUCAACAAUCUGUCGCUGCUUCAACUCCACCUCCAAUCAUUCAUGAUCGUCAAUCAAGCAUUGCCUCUAGAAUACCGACAGUUGAACUACCAACUAUUAUAGCCACAACGAUAUUACCAGUAAGAAAAGAAAGGCCACAGCCAAGGCCAGCUCAAAGCUUACUUCCAAGGCGGCCGCCAAGCCUUAUUAGACCUCGUCCACAACCUCCAAGAGAACCACCGCGGAUUAAUCUGCCAACAAUUACGAGACGAUUUUCAACACAACCACCUCCUGCUCAAAAUCUUCGAACUGGAGGUAAUUUGCACCUUUUUAUCCAAGCAACUCGUCUUAAUGCUAUCAUAUCAAGCUUAGAAUGUCGAGCAUCGAUUUUCUACAUAUCUGCGCCUGUGCAAAAUACUAUCGCAAGGUCAAGAUUCACGCAUUAUGCGAUAACUAUAUCCGUUGAUCAGUGUGCUAGGACUUGCCAUGAAUUCAAUUGUGCAGUGGCUCAUUACAGCCCGACAACUGGUAAUUGCCAGUUCAUUCCAUCGACAGCUUUUGCUGUACAAGAAGGCCAGUGUCCUCGUUGGCCACAUUCUUACUAUAGCUUAUCUAGAAAUGACGACCGGAAUUUUUAUGGUCCGAGAGUGCCACUGGAUUCAUUUACUGUAAGUUCGCUUGGUGUCAAAACUUCGAACACUCAAGAUGCAAAGAAUGUUACGAAUGCUACUGAACUUGAUAAAACAAAUUCAAUGCUUGUUUCAAUGAAUGUUGCAGGCAUAAAGAAAGAAGAUGAAAAAGAAAACCAAGGAGCCAAAGCGGUGGACACCUCAGAUAAUAAACCACUUCGAAUACUUACCCGAGGAUCUGGAAGAUCUUCAACUAACCUCGACGCAUUAAAAUGGCACUCUACAAUAGAUACAAAGACACUGAACGAAUUCCAGUAG